UCGGUACAACCCUCAGUCGGGAUGCCGGUCGCGCACCCUCUCGUCCAUCCGGUACCGCGAUGAUCAGUGAGCGAGGUGUCCAACGUGUCCCGGGAACUGCGCGAGGCCGACUCCGGCUGUUGACUGGCGCCGUGUUGCUGUCCACGAUCGCGGGAAGUGCAUGGACCGACAACCCCGUCAGUUCCGAGGUACCGAGCUUCAGCGCACCAAUAACAAACGUGACGGUCCCAGUGGGUAGAGAAGCUAUCCUCUCCUGCGUCGUGGCGAACCUUUCUACGUUCAAGGUGGCAUGGCUGCGGGUGGACACGCAAACCAUCCUGACGAUAGCCAAUCACGUGAUAACGAAGAAUCACAGAAUCGGCGUCACGCACAGCGAGCACAAAACGUGGCUGCUACAUAUACGUGAUGUCCGCGAGAGCGACCGAGGGAACUACAUGUGCCAGAUAAACACUGACCCGAUGAAGAGUCAGAUUGGUUAUUUGGAGGUUGUAGUUCCGCCGGAUAUUCUGGAUUAUCCCACGAGUACGGAUAUGGUAGUAAGAGAGGGUAGCAACGUCUCGCUGCGUUGCGAAGCAACAGGGUCACCGACGCCAAACAUUACCUGGAGGAGGGAAGACGGCGAGUUGAUUAUUCUUGGGAACAGUCAGGAAGUGCCCAGCAUUGAUGGACCGGUCUUCAAUAUCACGAAAGUGAACAGGUUGCAGAUGGGAGCGUACCUUUGCAUCGCGUCCAACGGCGUACCGCCAACGGUCAGCAAGAGAAUUAUGCUCGUUGUACAUUUUACUCCAAUGAUUUGGAUCCAGAACCAAUUAGUGGGCGCCCAAGAAGGCCAGCAAAUGACAUUAGAAUGUCAUUCCGAAGCGUUUCCCAAGUCUAUUAAUUAUUGGACGCGAGAGAACAACGUCAUUAUAGCAAACGGGGAGAAGUACGAGCCAUCCUUCUCGGACAAUGUAUACAAAGUGCACAUGAAGCUCAUGAUACGUUCAGUCUCCAUGUCCGACUACGGCAGCUACAAAUGCAUAUCUAAGAACUCCCUUGGCGAAACCGACGGCAGUAUCAAGCUCUAUCACAUACCAACGCCCACCACGGAACCGACGACGACGAGCACAGUGCCCGUUCCCACUACCGUGGAUCCAGUGGAGAAUAUCCAGUGGUCGCGACAAAAGCCCGUGCCUAGUCUAGAGCCGAGCUCUAAUGAAAUAACCGACGCAUCUUUGUCGACCGUCGUGAGAAGCGAAGAAACGCGACUACGCAGCAGCGGACCGAGUCACGAGGAGAGUCACGAAGCCGAGAACGUCAUCGACACCAACAGUCACAAAAGCAUCGACGGUGACGUUGGGCAGCGGAGAAUCGAUAACACGGCGCAAUCGAUGUCGUCGAAAAGCAGCACGUGGCAUCGCGUGACGCGAUCCGGCACGGCGAUUUGCAUAAUCGUGCUCUCCGCCCUGUCGUAGUCACCGCGGAGCGAGGAUGAUUGAGUCGAUGUCGUUCCAGCUGCAGCGUAAAUCCUGCAAUCUUUUCUCAACCACGCAAGGGAUCAAUUAAUCGACGAAUUAAGGGCGAAUAGCGCACAUCUAUUGAAGGAUCUGCAGCUAUUCAUGGCCGAAAGGGAAAGACGAUUAUCAUAGUGUGACUAUGAAUUUAUCUCGUCUUCGUUAGACGUUGGGCGCCACAGUGUGUUACAACAAAUUGCUCUACUCUUUCUUCCCUAUCGUUUUUAGCCUUUUUCAUAUUGUUGCACAAAGAUGGCAUUCAAAAUGGCAAAAACAAGAUCUGCAGAAAGUGUCGCAGAUACAAAGAAAA